UCACCUGAAGAUGCAAGCGUCCUUUUCCUUAAUUCAUACUCUGUUGACCUUGGCAAAGGUUCAUCCCAAGCAUCGGGCUCGAGGUUGCACUUUCGAGUCUUGGGCCUCAUUUUUCUUUUCACAAAGAAAGCACUGGAAAAACGGCAUAACCAAAUCGAACACGCACAAGUCCAGUCCGUUCACACCAAAGUUGGCUGGAUUAGGCACAGUCUUUCAAUCUCGCACUUCAGAUAGCAUCUGUUAAAUUUAGACAAACAUUAGUUUUCGCCGAAUCGAACAAUUCGCCUACAAAAGCGUGAAACGUGCUAGGGCAGCUGGGGAAAACGGUGAUGGCGAUGGAGCUUGCCACCUGCCCUUGAGUCAUGUGGGGUAAAUUCACCUCGUUGGGUAAAUUCUCCAUUUUGCGACAAAUACAAAUUGAAUGGAUAAACUGGUUAUGUCUACAUAUUCCAGAAAGCUAGAUUUACUUUUUGUUUAUUUAUACUUCAAGUAAAAGUAUUUUUUCCCUCGUUUGCCUUCACAUUUUUAAUGUAAUCGCAAGAUGGAGAAAAAAAACUUGUCAAAUCCGUCACGAUCCCGUGAAAUCCGUAGCCACAGCCGCUUUCUGGUUCUAGCAGUUCUAGGCCUAGUCUCCUAUGUCGACGCGUGGAGUACGCAAAUACGUAGUUAAACGUUACGGGAACCACGAAAGCCCGGGCAUUAGCUAACGUAAAAUGUUCGCGCUGGUCCGUUUUUUUAAUGAGUUCGACGGAAAAGUGUAUGUGGUGCCCGUUCGGUGCAUUAAGGACUUCCAUCCGUUAAAUGAAAAUGACUUUGACAAGAAUGGUGUCUACACAACGUACUGGGAAGACCUAGAGAACUCCGAAAAUACAGGAUCCUACUCUUCGCAGGUGCUGCUUCUCGCAAGUUCCAAGGAAGAGCUGGAAGCUAAAAGGGCAUUGAAAAGGGUGCGCAAGGCUAUUAUUCACCCUUCGGAUUUGGAGCAGGGGGAGGGAAGCGAGCAUGAUGCUCCCGCUUCUCAGAAGCAAUCGUCGAAGCUGGACUCCCGCCAGACUUCACAAGACAAAAAAAGACAGAAGGCUCUCCAGUUGGCGUCAAAGAGUUCUGCUUACCAGAGGAUAUUAGAAGAGCAGCUCGAAAAUGCUAAGAAGAAAAAUGAAGCUGCCUCUGCUGUACAGGUCUCCAGAAAAAGACCACGCCCUGCCCCAGAAUCGGACAGCGACAGCAAUGAUUACGUUGUCUCUGCCUCUGAGUUAAAGCGCGCACGAACAGAGGCACGGUACUGGCGCCGUCGCUACGAAGAAGUUAACAGAGAGAAGGCGCAACUUACUAAUAUCGUCGAAACUAUGAGUGGAACUAUAAAUGGCCAGUUGGCAACGCUUAAGGAGAUGCUGGAGUCCAGGGGGCCUGUUCAGCUGCCAGGAACACAGGCAGUUCAUCAAGUUUGCACAUCACUUGAACCGACGGCAGGGCCAAGUGCACGGAGAACGGUGCCUCCUAGCAACCCCCCAAGGGCCCCUGCCGUUUGUCAGAUGGCUCUGCCCCCAAGAAGUCCUCUGAGGAACCCUCUGAGGACCCCUCCGAGGACCCCUCCGAGGACCCCCCCGAGGACCCCCCCGAGGACCCCUCCGAGGACCCUUCCGAGGACCCCUCCGAGGACCCUUCCGAGGACCCCUCCGAGGACCCCUCCGAGGACCCCCCUAAGAUGUCAUCUAUCACUGACCAACCAGCCCAGGAGUGCAGUCCUGGCCUCACCACCAGCAAUAGUGGCUGACCCGCGAGCUGCAGGCCAUGCACCCUUCACAGAUGUAGGCGGUGGCAGGUUCCAUCUGAAAAGUGGCAUCACUAUCGGAGCCCACCAGGCAAAAAAAGCCUUGGGCCAACGGAAGCCAGCACUCGUGGCUAAGGACAUAGCUCAGGCACUUUGGGGACGUCAAGGGCUGGCAGACCGCACUUAUGGGGGCAAAUUAGCCCCAAAAGACUACCACAAGCCCGACGCCAUCUUGCGGAAAGAGAUGACCCCUGAGAAAGUCGCUCUUGUGAUUGAGACAGUAACACACUGGGGCACGAGGGCUGGGGUCCCAGUUGCAGACGCCAUCGAUAACAUUUCUACCAUCCUCUCCCAAAAGAUACAAGAUGUGCGCAAAAGCCUGAAGCGGCAAAAUAUGUAAUGUAACCACCUUUGUAUAUGUCAGAUUUUUUUUUAUUUACCCCAUCUUUUAAUGGCAGUAUGUGGACUAUUGGCGACUCCAGUGAAAUCGCCGCCGCGUAGCGGCAACAUUGAGAAGCUCAAGAAAGGAGGUCGUUUAGACUGUCGUCUGCUAUCACUGCUUGGUUCACGUAGCCAGCAUAGAAACUAACAUUGUUUCCAGUAAUUAUUUUAUGCUUCCGCCGUGUCAUUUCUACGCACCGACUAGAAGGUUUUUACCGUCGAAGAAGCGCUUUGCUUUCAUAACACAUAUUUUACGCUGCAGUGGUGGUUCACGUGUUGAACGACGAAAACGACUUCCUUUCGUUUGCCAUUUUGCCUGACCGACGCGACCCCUAUGGUUUCACUGGAGUCGUGAAUACAUUUUUAAAAGUUUUAAUUUUAUGGAAUCAAAACUUAUGGUGAUAUUUGUUUUUAAGAAUUCAAGGUUUGACAGAUUUUCUUUCAUAGGAUUGCAGGUGCCUCACUGUGACAGCCAAAUGAUUAGAAUGUUUAAAAAGGUAUCUACUAUAUUUUAGUUACUAGCUUUCAUUUUCCAUUUUCAUGCCACUUGCACACCUUUUACAUUGUAUGAUGUCCCUGUCACAUAAGUUUGCAAUUAUGAGAUGCCAAUGUAGAACUCAUAAAAGUUAACAAUAUUCUAUCCCAGUCAUUGUUGCUGUUUCGUCUGCUGGUUUUUUCUUGUUUGAGUAAGACUAUGUGUAUAUUUGUUGGUUUCACUAUCAUUGUAUGCGCCUCUUUCCACAAGGGUGCAGCCUUGAAUGUUGACACUUCCGGUAUGCAUUAAAGCAGUGUUGAUAUCUCUCCACAUCGCUGGAAGGUGUUCACGAAAAAUCUGUGAUUUUCACAAUUUUUGUUUUGCCUAACCUAUAUUUCCUCGCAUGCUCUAGGUUGAGGUGUCCCAUUAUUUUGUGUCCCUCAUGCCAGAUAUAGAACCCAUGUGACUGAAAAACGUCUAUUAUUUUAAUUUUGUGUGAAGAAGUUGCAGUGUGUUUAUUUGUGGCAAUUUAUCACUGGGAAUAUUUUUUGUUUAUGUUUGCUGGUCAAGUACCCUGCUUCAUUUCUGCUCAUGCCUGGUGUUUCUUUUGCAUUUUUUUUAAUUAACAUGUUUCGCAGUUUGCUGCAAUACGAGAGGUCCACUUGGAGUCUGUGGCCGAGUUUGCGGCUUCUGGAGCUAUUACUCACACUUUGGGUAAUUCUAUGUUUUUGAGCAAAUACAAUGUUCAGUCAGCAAGUGUCAAGUUAGCUUCAAGGCAUUACCAAGCUGCUAACCUCAACACAAUAUGAAAAAUUUUAACUAUGUGUGCUAUGCCCCCCUCCCUAGCCACCAUCCCGGCCUGUUAAUUCUCAGUACCUGCAUAUGUUCAUUUAAUGUUUUUUUGUAUUAUACAUAAGUGACGGAUGUUAUGACAUUAUUUUUAUGUAUGAUUUAAAGGCUUUAAUAAAACAGAUUCCAAA